AUGACUACACCCGAAUCUCGUAUCAUCAUCGUAGGCGGUGGUGUUUUCGGAUUAAGCACCGCUCUCUGGCUUGCCCGCGGUGGCUACAAAGAUGUCACGAUCUUCGACCGCUGCAACUUCGACACGAACUACUACAACCCUGCCGACGGCUGCGACGGUGCAUCCGCUGAUAUCAACAAGAUUUUCCGCGCAACGUACGGUUCGCAAGAACAUUCGCAAGAUCUUGCUCUGGAAGCCCGAGAUAUUUGGCUGGAUUGGAACCGGGCUAUCAAAGAAAGUCUUCCAUCCGAUCUUCCGCGACCGUUGACACCAGAAGAUGAAUUGCUCACACUAUGCGGUGUGUAUCAUCUCGCCGAUGGACCAACCAUGAUCCCGCGCUAUGUGGAGAAUCUGCGCGUGAUGGAGGACACGGCGCCUAGCUUCCGCGAUCUGCAGUUCAUUAAGGAUAACGCCGACGACGAAAAGCGAGCUGGUGCAUACGGUCCCGAAUGGGCUAAGAAGUUCCAUCUAUUUGACAAUUUCAAAGAUGGUGCUACUAAUGGAUUUCUCGAUGCGGGCUCUGGAAUCACCUUGGCCGACAAAGCAUGUGUGUAUGCGCGGUAUUUAUGUCAAAAGGCCGGUGUCAAGUUUGUCCUUGGACGUCCUCAGGGUGAACUUGACCAUUUGAUCACUGGGCAAAAUGGUUCAGACAAGAGAGUCAAAGGCAUCAAAACCUGCGAUGGAUUGACACACGCUGCUGAUCUAGUAGUUGUUGCAUGUGGUCCUUGGACAGCAGCUGUUCUUCCAGAGGCACAUCGCUCGGUUGAAGCAACAAUGGGAACUGUUAUGUUCAUCGAUGUGCCGGAAGAUCGGAAAGAUAUACGAGAGAAGUUCCAUCCAGACAAUAUUCCCGUCUGGCGGUUUAUUCAAGGCGAAGGCGAAGGUGGUUAUGAAGGCGGCGGCUUCCCUAUCACUCGAGAAGGGAGAUUGAAGUUUGGAUUCCGCGCGCGAAAGUUCACAAAUUUCCAAGACCACCCCACGGAAGACAAUAUUCGAAUCUCAACACCCCGAACGAAAUACAGCCGAGAGCCAAUCAACACCGUGCCCCUAUAUGGUCUGGAACUCAUGAAGCAAGUCAUCGGUGGACUGUUUCCAGAGUUGGCUGAGAUUGGCUUCACCGAUAGCCGGUUGUGUUGGUACACUGACAGCAUUGAUAACGAGUUCGUCAUCGAUUAUGUGCCUGGCUACUCUGACUCCCUGUUCAUCUGCACAGGUGGCUCGGGCCAUGGAUUCAAGUUCCUUCCAGUUCUUGGUAAAUAUGUCAAGAACCAGCUUGAACGAGUCCCUGAUCGCUUUACGCCUAUUUGGAAAUGGCGAACUGUUGAGGAAGGGAAACCAUGCAAUGGCCUCGAAGAGGGCGAAGCUGGUCCUCGUGAGAUGUCGAAGCUAAAGUUGGCAAAGCCGCAAGACUUUCAGUUCCCGGUCAAUGGUCCAGCGUUGUCAGAUCGCUUCGACAGCUGA